AUGAGCCUCAGAAACAUCCUCAACCAUCCCGCCUCUCCGGUCGCCUCUCUCGUCCCUUCCUCUGUCUCCCCCACAUCCCCCUCCUCCACCGAUUCACCCGCCCCACCCAAACCAAACCCCGCUUCAGAAGCAAUGCCCCCAUCCACAAAACAGAAAGCCUCCUCAGCACCCAAAAAACCCACGGGAGAACUUCCGAAACGAUACCUCGAUCGAAUACUGGAUAGCGAUGCUCUAGAAGACCUCCAGCUUGAUGCUCUUCCGACCAUCACAAAGCACCCUUACCCCGAGCCUGAAGGCUAUGCAUCCUCCGAUAACAUGGAUCUCGACGACUUUGCAGAGGUCUGGAGCGACUCGUUGAACCAGUACAUGGUCUCCUGUCGUCGCAAGGAGCGCUUACUCGAAAAAGGUCACGACGAAUGGGAAUCGGCCAAGCAUCAGGAAACAGCAGCCCGUGUUACGGGCUGGGCCGGCGAUCAAGCGGACCAGGCUCGGCGACUCAAGCGUGCCCGGAUCGAACAACGCCGUGUUCGGGAAGAAGAACGCCUUCGUCAGGAGAGGAACCGCCUCGCCGAGGAGGCCCUCCAAGUCGAGCGGGAGGCAGCAGAAGAAGAGAAGAAACGCCGGAAAAAGGAAUCGGCGGCGGCGGCUAAGAUACGUGCCCGGGAAAAACGUCGGCAAGCCAAGGAGGAGUCUGACAAACGAAAGGAGGAAGAACAGGCGCAGAGACAUGUCGAGCUGGCUCAGGCCCAGCUCCAGCGCGAUUCGGAGGAAUCACAACGCCAACUCCAGCGACGCGCAGAGGGCAAGUUGGAACUGGCCCGAUUCGAAGCCCAGACGCUCCAAGAAUCUGAAGCCUUGAUGGCAGCAGAAUCACAGCACUCCCAAAGAGAAUGGGCUCACGAAAAUCAGAACCCGCUCCGUCUACCCGUUCUCAACAGCUCCAAUCUCGAUCAGUACGGCCUCCCAGCUCACCAACAUCCAACUCACCGGUUUCGCAAACAAGGCCAAUCCUCACAACAAGAAGCAGUUUUGCUCCAUGAAGCCGGCGACUUUCAGAUGGAUGACGUGACUAAUGCAAGAGUUCCGUCGAAUUUGGCCAAUCUGCUGAACUCGCCGGGUGGCCAUUCCAGUGGUCUAAGCAACCCUCAUCCCGUCCCUAUGGGCCCCAAAGCCUCACGCACAAAUCCCCGGGUUUCAAACACCAGCACGACUGCCAAGAGAAAGCGAGCUUUUCCCGAACCUCAUGAAUACCCGAAUGAGGAAGCUAGCAGCGAAUAUGCCACCCCGGAGGGUCCAACUCCAGUCAUCCAUCACCCUUCUGCUUCAUCGAGCACUUCUGCCCGUCCACCUCAUCCCCAAGGCGCGCGCCGGACCGUCAGUGGACUACCAUCUCAGGCCCAUCUGGCUCGUGAAAAAAGUUCUGCGCACGCGAAUAGCGUACCACCUCAAUUGCCACACUCGUCUGCUUCAACGUCUAAACUAGCGUUCGAAGCUUCACAAUCCCAUCACACCGCCGACGCCUCUUCAACGCGGCGCCAAGUUCAACCUGCUCAACCUCACAUUGACCCCGCCACCCGUCGGCUCCAAUCGCGCAAUUUGCCAGCUUGGGGACACAGCCUGCCGUAUGGGACCGAGCCUUACCAAGACUCUACAGAGCUGCUCGACAUGUCGCUCCCGUUGCGCGAGCGGGCUGUGGCUAAUCCGAAGGCUUUGGCCAACAAACGUUGGGACGCUAUCGAAGAAGGUCGGCGACAGAUUUGGCUCUCGAUCGCCCGCAAAGACAUUCCACGGGUUUGCAAGACCCAGCAGGCCGCCAGUCUCAGUCGGGCUGUUUAUUCCAAACGGCUGAGCGCCUUGGUCAGUCGGGAGGCACGCCGCAUUAUCGCUAGAACCAAAUCAUCCAAGGAAGUUCAGAUUAAAGCCAAAAGGAUCAUGCGAGAGCUCCUGGUGUAUUAUCGCAGUAAUGAGAAACGUGAGCGAGAGACAAGGCGCAAAGCGGAUAAGGAAGCUAUCGACCGAGCCAAAAAGGAAGACGAGAUGAGAGAAGUCAAGCGGCAGGCCAGGAAAUUGAACUUUUUGAUCACUCAGACCGAGCUUUACUCUCAUUUCGUUGGCAAUAAGAUCAAAACUAAAGAGGCGGAGGAAAGCGAAGACACAGCGGGCGCAGCGCCCGCUGCGGCUUCUGCCGAGCAGUCAACAACCAUUUCCACCACAAGCGGACAGAAGGUUGAGCUAGCUGACAUCACUCAGAUUGCAACAACGGAUAAGGAUCUUGGUGAAAUCAACUUCGACGAUGAUGACGAAUUCAACUUGCAUGCUCAUGCAGCCCGGAACGCUCUCAAGGCUGUCGAUGCUGCCAAGCAACGCGCGCAAGCGUUUGACCAUGCCGCCGCCGAGAAGUUGGCAGCCACUGCUCCUGCUACCAGUCAGGAUGCCCAGCCGGUCACUGACAUUGACAUCGAUCGAGACGAUCUUAAUUUCCAAAACCCCACCAUGGCGGGCGAUAUUCAAGUCAAGCAACCCAAGCUUCUGAUGGCCGAACUCAAAGAAUACCAACUCAAAGGGCUCAAUUGGCUAGCUAACCUCUACGAGCAAGGCAUCAACGGAAUUUUGGCUGAUGAGAUGGGACUCGGCAAGACGGUUCAAUCGAUUUCCUUGAUGGCCUAUCUGGCCGAGGUCCACAACAUUUGGGGCCCUUUUUUGGUGAUCGCUCCUGCAUCGACCCUGCAUAACUGGCAGCAAGAGAUCACCCGCUUCGUCCCUGCCCUCAAACCGAUCCCUUACUGGGGGAGUGUCAAAGACCGAACGAUCUUGCGGAAGUUUUGGAACCGGAAACACUUGAGAUACGAUCGUGAUGCGCCAUUCCAUGUGGUCAUCACUAGUUACCAACUGGUGGUGCAAGAUGAGAAAUACUUCCAAACGUUGAAAUGGCAGUACAUGAUUUUGGACGAAGCUCAGGCUAUCAAAAGCUCAACCAGCACACGUUGGAAAACCUUGUUGGGAUUUCAUUGCCGAAAUCGGCUCCUGUUAACUGGAACUCCAAUUCAAAACUCAAUGACGGAGCUCUGGGCCCUGUUGCACUUCAUCAUGCCGCAGUUGUUUGACUCGCACGAAGAGUUCAGUGAAUGGUUUUCGAAGGACAUCGAAAAUAGCGUCGACAAGGCGGGCGGUAUGAACGAGCAUCAGUUAAGAAGACUGCACAUGAUCCUCAAACCUUUCAUGCUUCGGAGAAUCAAGAAGAAUGUCCAGAACGAACUAGGCGACAAGAUCGAAAUCGAUGUUGCUUGCGGGUUGACGCCCCGACAGAAGUUGAUGUACAGUCGUCUACGCGAGAAUAUGUCGAUUGCAGAUCUGGUACAAAAGGCGACUUCUCUCUCGAACGACGAUGCUGCCGUGAAGCGUUUGAUGAACUUGAUCAUGCAAUUCAGGAAGGUCUGCAACCAUCCCGAAUUGUUCGAGCGAGCCGAUGUGACUGCACCAUUAUCGUUUGCUUCCUUGAACUUCACUGCGAACGUCGCCCGAGACGGGGAUGUGUUGGACUGCCCCUAUGCCACUCGAAGUCUGAUCCAGCAUUCGAUUCCUCGAGCUUUCUACCGUGAUGGUGGAAUUCUCUCGGUGCCAGGCCCCUCAUCCCGAGCGGGAUUCGACACGAAAUUUCUGGAUCGACUUAUGAACAUCUGGUCAGUACCCAACGUCAUGAAAGCCGGUCCUGAGGGCUCAGUUGUUCCCUCGUGGGCUAAAAUGCUUGAUCUUGGACCGGGAGAAGUCGAGCUCAUUGCCCACGGGAAAACUGCUCAGAGAAUCCCCUACUUGAUACGAGGAAGGAAUCAAGCCCGCGAAUUGGCCUCGGGAGCACAGCUUCCUGAUUCAAUUGCCUCAGAUUUGGAAACCUUGCAAAUCUUUGCCAAAGCCGAGUUACUCCCUCGAGUUCCGAAUGAUUUGGGUGUGACACAGCUUAAUGAGAUCACAGAAGAAUUCCGGAAAUGUUCCCGGAUGAAUCGAUCGGAUGUUCAAACCUACAACGAGUCUGCUGUAGCGCCCCCUCCUGAUCUUUACUGCGCCGACCGAGGGUUUGAGCUGGAACAGCAACGGAAUCGGUUUGACCCAAUGACCCGAUUAUUCUUGUUUGGGCUACCCCAUCCUGCACGAGAAUCACCCACGCUUUCCGAACGAUACCAGGUCACGUUCAGUGGUAUUUCAUCCGCUGGGGUCAUGGGCAUGUCGGCAGAAGAUCAGCUACCACGGUCAUUCAUGCAGGUCCCUCUCCUCGAAAAACUCAUGCUCGAUUCCGGCAAACUGGCUCGCCUGGACAGUCUUUUACAAGAACUCAAGACGGGUGGCCAUCGAGUGCUGAUCUAUUUCCAAAUGACACGGAUGAUCGAUUUGAUGGAGGAGUAUCUCAGCUUCCGCCAUUAUCGUUACUUGAGACUCGAUGGCAGUUCCACCAUCUCAGAGAGAAGAGAUAUGGUCAUGGAUUGGCAGAACCGCCCGGAAAUCUUCAUCUUCCUCUUGUCGACAAGAGCAGGUGGCUUGGGUAUCAACUUGACGGCUGCAGACACGGUCAUCUUCUACGACUGUGAUUGGAAUCCUUCGAACGACCAACAAGCCAUGGAUCGUGCUCAUCGUCUGGGCCAGAAGCGCCAAGUGACAGUCUACCGAUUGAUCACGACAGGGACUAUUGAUGAGCGGAUCUUGAAGCUGGCGCGGACGAAGAAGACUGUACAAGAUGCGGUCGUCGGGUCCAGUAGUGGUAACGCAGAGGCCACCGGCCCUAGUGAAGCGGCCAAGCCUAAUGAAGUCGUGUCCCUCUUGCUCGAUGAGGAAGAGCUGGAGGCCGGGAUGCGGGCUCAAGCCGCCAAACGAGAGGCAGUGAAGGAAAAGCAAGUACAAAGCGGCCUGCGAGGAGUGAAGAUUAGAGAAGAGCGGAAAGCGGCAGCAGCAGCCAACCAAUCAGGCCCGAUGAGCAUAGGAUGGAGCCAAGACGGAUUGAACCUGGAAGACGACGACGAAGAAGCGUUUGGGUUUUUUGCCACGCAGGCGAAGACGGGAGGGGAGGAGCCGUUGGGAGAUGGGGGCACGGGCGAGCCGGCGGCGGCCGAGGCCGGGCCGACGAAGACUGCUGGCAAGAAGAGGAAGACCGCCGCCGCCGCGCCCGCCGCGGGGCCAGCUGGCGCCAAGAAAUCGGCCAAGGCGCCCGCUAAGAAGGCGAAGGCUAAGCCCGCCCCCGCCGCCGUUCCUCCCCCCUCCAACGGGCCCUUGGGCCCCCCCGCACUCUAG